AUGAUACCAGCCUCUAAAGGUAAGAAUACAAAAAUUCAACCACCCUUGAGCAGGAUGACUCGGGAUGAAUUGGAGGACAGUUUGUUUCGUCUUCGUGAAGAGCACAUGUUGGUGAAGGAGCUUUUUUGGAAGCAACAAGAUGAGAUCAAAAGGAUGAGAACAGCCUUGCUCCGGCUAACCGCAGCAGGCCGGGGCCUCCGGGCCGAGGCGGCCGCAGCGGAGCCUAGCUCCGGGAGCCGGCUAGACGGCGGCGGAACGCAGAGUGGCGGCAGCGCCCCCUCAAGCACCAGCGCCGCCCGCUGCCCGGGCUCCAGCUGCAGCUCCAGCGCGUGGGCCCCCCUGCUCCCCGCCGCACCCAGCCUCGCGUCCACACGGCACACAGACAGCUCCACACCGCCGGGGCACCGGAGGCCGAGAAACCCAAGAGAGUCAAGGGACAGGCUGAGCUACACAGCCCCUCCCACAUUCAAGGAACAUGUGACAAAUGAAGAAGCCAGAGGUGAAGUAUCCAGUGAACCCAGCGAACUUGCCCACCUUAUGACCAGCGAUACUAUGCAAGUGGAAGAACCACCCAAGUCUCCUGAGAAAAUGUGGUCCAAAAAUGAAAUUUUUGAACAGAGAAGCUCUUUGGAGAGUACUCAGAAGGCCACAGAACUUCGAGCUUCCAUUAAAGAGAAUAUACAGCUGAUUCGACUUAAGAAGCUCUUACAUGAAAGGAAUACCUCUUUGGCAGUGACAAAGGCACAAUUAACAGAAGUUCAGGCCGCAUAUGAAACUCUGCUCCAUAAGAAUCAGGGAAUCCUGGGCGCAGCCCACGAUGCCCUCCUCAACCAAGUGAAUGAACUUAGGGCGGAGCUCAAGGAGGAGAGCAAGAAGGCUGUGAGCUUGAAGAGCCAAAUGGAAGAUGUGUCCAUCCUGCAGAUAACCCUGAAGGAGUUUCAGGAGAGAGUUGAAGAUUUGGAAAAAGAACGAAAAUUGCUGAAUGACAAUUAUGACAAACUCUUAGAAAACAUGCUGGAUAGCAGCAAUCAGCCUCAGUGGAGCCAUGAGCUUGGAGAACAGCUACAGCAGAAAGUCUCUCAGUUGCAGGAUCAACUGGAUGUUGAGAUGAAGGAGAAGAGAGAAAUCUUACUUCAGCUUUCACAAGAGAAAGCUCAAAACAAAGAUCUGGAGCUUGAGGUCACCAACUUGCUUCAGAAGCAUAAACAGAAAGUAGAGGAUCUCCAAAAUAUAAGCACAUUUUCCCAAUCUCCUGACAGGCAAUCUGCACCAGCCACUCACCCAGCUCUAUUUCAAGAGACCAUUCAGAUACAGCCCUGUGAACCAAAAAACCAGGAAGAAAAAAAACUGUCCCAGAUGUUAAGUGAGUUGCAAGUAUCGCAUGCAGAGACCACCUUGGAACUAGAAAAGACCAGAGACAUGCUUAUUCUGCAGCGCAAAAUCAACGUGUGUUAUCAGGAGGAACUGGAAGCAAUGAUGACAAAAGCCGAUAAUGAAAAUAAAGAUCACGAAGAAAAACUGGAGAGGUUGAACCAACUCCUAGACCUCAAGAACAAGCGUAUCAAUCAGCUGGAAGAACAGCUUAAAGACGUGGCUUAUGGCACCCGACAGUUGCCAUUAUGUCUGAAACCACUGCCAGCCUAUGAAGAGGAUAAAGUGGACAUUUCUCCACGGCAUCAGAGUGAGAACCUUUUUGAACUGCACAUCCAUCAGGCCUUUCUGACCUCUGCUGCCCUGGCUCAGGCUGGAGACACUCAACCUAUCACUUUCUGCACCUAUUCCUUCUAUGACUUUGAAACCCACUGUACCCCACUAGUUGUGGGGCCACAACCUCUCUAUGACUUCACCUCCCAGUACGUGGUAGAGACAGACUCCCUCUUCUUGCACUACCUUCAAGGGGCUUCAGCCCAGAUUGAUCUACACCAGGCAAUAGCCAGUGAGCACCACACCCUUGCAGCUGGAUGGAUUUGCUUUGACAGGGUUCUAGAGACUGCAGAGAGAGUCCACGGCUCUGCCACACUUACUGGAACUGGUGGAGAAGUCUUUGGGGUGCUAGAGUACUGGAUGAGGCUGCGCUUCCCCAUAAGAUCCAGUCUACAAGCAUACAAUAAGCGAAAGAAAGCCCAGGCAUACUUGGCAGCCAAUGUGCUUGGAGCCUGGGAGGCCCAGAAGGAUGAGUCCAGAUCGGGGACAUGGAAGAAUCAGAAUGAGCUGCGGGUGGAAAUCAUCCGAUGCUGUGGCCUCCGGAGCCGGUUGCUGGGAGCCCAACCCAGUCCUUACGUCAUGUAUCGCUUCUUUACCUUUUCUGACCACGACACCACCAUCAUUCCGGCCAGUAACAAUCCCUACUUCAGAGACCUGGCUCGAUUCCCAGUGCUUGUGACUUCUGACCUGGAUCAGUAUCUGAGGCGGGAGGCCCUCUCUGUGUACGUUUUUGAUGAUGAAGACUCAGAGCCUGGCUCGUACCUUGGCCGAGUCCAAGUGCCCUUGCUUCCUCUUGCACAAAACAAAUCCAUUCAAGGUGAUUUUAACCUCACUGACCCUGUGGGGGAACCCAAUGGAUCUGUUCAGGUGCAACUGGAUUGGGGGUCUUGCUACCUCCCGCCGGAGAGCUUUCCAAAGCCAGAAGCUCAGAGUGAGGAGGACACCAGGGAUGGUUUAGAGACGUCAGUAGAAGAGGAAGAAGCUUCCUUUCCUCCCCAGGACCAGAUGGUAUCUAUUGAUAUUCCCACUGAAGCUGAGCAGUAUCAAGCUAAAAGAAAACCUCUUCAGGUGGGAGAAAGAAAGGAAAGGGAACAUCAGGUUGCAGGCUACUCAAGAAGAAAACAUGGCAGAAAAACAGGCCUCCAAGGAAAGAACAGAAUGGAGUAUCUUAGUCAGAACCUCUUAAAUGGAAGUACACUACAGCAGGUGAAGUACAUUGAAUGGAAAUUCUCAGGGCUUAAGAUCUCCACAGAUCAUGUUUUAAAAAAUCAGCAAAAGGAAGAGGAAAUGACAUCAUCCUAUUCAGCACAGAUACUAAACGAAACCCCACAUCCUGUGAAUGAUAAAGAAUUCUGUGAACAAACUUCUGAUGUCAGUGAAGCACAAACUACAGACAGCGAUGAGAUAGUAACACCUGUAUCUCAGAGAUGUCCUAAGGCAUGUUCAGAGAAGAUGUGCAUUGAAAUCGUCUCCCUGGCCUUCUACCCAGAGGCUGAAGUGAUGUGUGAUGAGAACGUGGAACAGGUGUACGUGGAAUACAGGUUCUACGAUCUGCCCUUGUCAGAGACGGAGACUCCAAUAUCCCUGAGGAAACCCAGAGCAGGAGAAGAGAUCUACUUCCACUUCAGCAAGGUGAUAGAUCUGGACCCAGUGGAGCAAAAAGAACGGAGGCAGUUUCUGUUCACCAUGCUGAUUGGAGAAGAUCCUGAGCAAGGACAUUUAAAGUUUACAGUAGUAAGUGAUCCUAUUGAGGAGGAAAAGAAAGAAUGUCAAGAAGUAGGCUACGCGUAUCUGGAGCUGUGGCCAAUCCUGGCAUCAGGAAGAGACAUCCUCGAGCAAGACCUAGACAUUGUUAGCCCUGAAGAUCAGGCUACCCCCAUAGGAAAGCUCAAGGUGUCCCUUCAAGCUGCUGCUGCCCUCCAUGCUAUUUACAAGGAGAUGACUGAGGAUUUGUGUUCAUGA